AUGCCCAUUAUAUCACAUAUUUUGAGAUCAAACAAAGUCUGUGCUGUGUUAGGUUUUAGAGAUGUUGUUUCGGUAUGGAAAUUCGGUUUCUUUCUACAGUAUCUUCAUCAGUAUAUUAGCACCAUGAGGCCUAUACAUGACCGAUACGCUGUGCUAUUUACGGUUGCAAUUGUGUGGCUAUUUGCACAGCUUUUAACUGCUUCCACUGCAUAUAACCACAAGUCAGCAAGCACACAAAAUAGUUGUCGCACUGAUCGUGUUGGACUCGUUACUUCCGCUAAAUGGGUGUAUCUUCCUUACCCUUUUCAAUGGGGGCCUCCUACAUUCAAUGUUCUGGAAGCAUUUCCUAUGAUAGUUGCUUCUAUAGUUUCUCUUUUUGAGUUUUUUGGUACAUCCUAUGCUGUUGCAAGAGUAGGAAGCUGGUUUACUAGCAUUAACAUAAGGUCACGAGGAGUCAGCUGCCAACCUAGCGUGUCCUGCGGUGGAAUUUUAAGGCAUUCAAACUAG